AUGGACCGCAUUAAAGAGAAACUGAACUCACUUCGCGCCGAGGCGGAUGCUGCACUUGAGCGUGCUGAGGUAGCGGAAGCACGAAACAAGGAAUUGGAACAGGACAACUUGUCGAAAGAGCAGGAGAUUUCUAGCUUGCAGCACAAGCUUUCAGUCCUCGAGAGCGAUCUGGAGAAUGCUGAAGCAAAGUUAAGCGAGGCCAAAGUCGGAAAAGAAGAAGGAGAAAGCCACAAGUCUAAUGUGGACAUUUUACAGCGCCGUAUAGACAUGCUGGAGGAGCAGCUUGACCAGUCUGAACGGAGCCUAAAAGAAACGACCGAGCAGCUUCGACAUACAGAUGUGCGCGCUGAGCAACUGGAGCGCCAGAUCCAGGGUGCCGAGCAGGAGCGUGAUCAGUGGGAGCACAAGUACGAAGAGGCCCAGGAGAGGUACCAGGCCUCGAAGCGCGAGCUGGACGAGGUUGUCCAACAAAUGGAAAGUCUUUAA